GGGAGUAUUCAUUAUUUCAACUUUUGAAAGUUGCUGUCAAAACCACAUAUACAACAAUCGAAUCACUACGCAAAUGCAGAUUUCUUUUCAUUUUGACGAGCAAAACAGUCUGACAACUCUGGCGACGGCAAGGCGAAUGAAAAUUGGCUAAACAGCAAGCCGAGUGAACACAAUGGAAUUGUGUUAACAAUAACGCACAUACAAUGCCACUCGCGUCGCCUAGCUAACUCUGUUAACCUCCUCAUCAACAUUGGCCGUUAGCAGCUUCCACCAUUGCAUUCGCAUCAUUCACUCACUGCCAGGCACAGCAAGGAGAGCAAUCAAACAUGCCCAUGAGUGAUGUGGCUGCAGCUUUAAUCUACACGGAGCAAGGCAACGGCAAACACGCCAAGUCCCAACCAACAACGAUAGCAACAACAACAACUGGAGCCACUGGAGCUGCAGCAGCCGGCAUGACCAACUCCUCCUCUAAGUCGGAUUCAAUUGGUGGCGCUGCUGCAGCUGCCGCUCAGCUGGGCAACAUGCUGUCGCCUUCGCUGAGCAGCAUGCAGGGCCAGAAGUGGCAGCAGGUCUUCGACUUGGAUAAGGUGAUCAAGCAGCUACGCGCAGCGGAGAAGACACACCUGCGCGGCAACAACAAGGCCUCGUCUGCCGGCGGCUCUGCUGCUCCGCAUGUGGUGCAGGUGCAGCGUCUGAAUGCCUCCGACAUGGCCUACUAUGACAUGGUGCCGAAGCUGGCGGCACGUGACAUUGUCGUGUGCAACGCCUGCAAUGGCAGCUAUACCAAGGCCGGUUUCAACAAUCACAUCGCACUGCAGCAUCCCAGCAUCUGGGAUGCGGCACCCAACAAGCUGAGCAGUAGCGCCGCCGGUGCGACGGCGGCAACUGUUGCUGCCGUCGCCGACAGCAGCCAAGAUGGCGAGCUGUUGGGCUCACCCACGGACACGCUGUCGGCGACCAUGUCCAGCUGCUCGAACGGCUCCAGCAGCUCCCUGGCAGCUAUCAAUAAUAGUAAUAACACCAAUAUCAGUUCGGCCUCGUCUUCGUCGUCGUCGCGUCAUAAAAGCAGCAGCAGCAAGAGUAGCAGUUCCUCAAAGACCGGCAGCAGCAGCAGCAACAGCAGCAGCACUGGUCGCUCCCGUUCCAAGUCAUCCAAGAAUCGCCACCACUCGGAUGUGCACCACACCAAGGUGGGUGGCUCUAAGAAGAGCAGUGCCAUAGCCACCGCUGCCACAGCACCGGCACCCGUUGCAGCAGCAGCUGUUGCUGCCGUCAAGGAGGAGCUGCCAACAGCAGCCGGCGCACAGCCCGCUAUAACUGUCUUCUCCUCGUCAUCGAAUUCUUCGUGCUCGCUGCCGCCGACGCCGGCAACAGUUGCUGGCAAUGGCAACGGCAACGAGCACGGCAUCAACUACUCACCCGCCAACAACAUGCUGGACGAACAGCAGCAGCAGCAUCAGCCCAGCAAGAAGAAGCUGAAAACGACCGGAUCAGGCGAAGCCACAUCCCAUCAUCGCAGCAAACCUGCCAAGGAGAAGCAACUAGCGCCAAUCUACGAGCAGCAACAGCUAAGCGAACUGGAUCAGGCAGUCUCCUCCAUCACUGGCCAGGUGAAUGUGGAGCAGCUGCAGCAGCGCCAUCAAGUCGACCUCUCAGCCGCCACCGAGGAGGCACUGCCCCUUAUGCAGAACGCAUCCGAUGAUAAUUCCAUUUCGCUGACUCUGGACAUGCUCGACAGCAAGUUCAUCAAUGAAAUCCUAAACACUGUCGAGUCGGACCUGCCCUUCGACGAGAGCGCUCUAGACACAUCCCAACAGCAGCAGCAACAACAGCAGCAGUUGUCAGCGGAUCAGCUGGAGCCGAAUACGAAACGUUUGCGCUUCGACGACGGCACAAUUCAAGCCGAUGCAGCGGAAUAUGCAGCAGCACUCUACCAACAGCAGCAGCAGCAGCAUGGGCAACAGGUGUACACUGAGGAGCCCCAGCAGACACAACUGUCUGCCAUGGAUGCAAUGCAGCUGCAGCAGCUGAUCUAUCAGCAGCAGCAAAUGCUUGAGCAGGCAGACCAGCAGCAGCAGCAACAGCAGCAGCUGAAGCAGGAGGAACUGCAGGCAGAGGCAACAGCGCAAUUUAGUGUCUACAAUGUGCCCUCGCUGACGGACGAUGUGGAGGAGACGGCGCAGGUGGCCGGCGACGAGCAACUGAUGCUGCCCAGUAUUAUCUAUGAGAUUACCGACAAUAACCAGGUGUCUGUCCUGGAUCAGCAGAGCCAGCAGCAGGUCAUAGCCGAGUUUCUCACCCAGGCGGGCUACGACAAUGUCGACGUGAACGUGAAUGUGAACGUGCUGCAGGAGGGCGUCAAUGUCGGCGGCAGCGGCGGCAAUCAGAUGAUGUACGAUGAGCUGGGCGAAUUUGAUUUUAGUAAAUUGGAGACUGUUAGCGGGGAUGCCAACAACCACACAAAGACUGUCAAGCUGGAGAACAACCAGCCACAACAACAACAACAACCACUACAACCAACGGGUGGCAACAGCAACGGGUUCAACCACUUUGAGGGCGUGUUGCACGCCCAGCCACAUCGCCAAUUGGCCAACGCCAAAUACCACGAGGAUUCAACGUACUUUAAUAUGACACUAUACUCGGGGCCACCCCGCCCCCUGGCCAUGAAUACCUUCGGCCUGGUGAAGCUGCCCAAUGGCAUGGGCGCCACGUUGCGCAAGAAUCUCCUAACUACUCGCAAGGCCAACAACAGUUUGCUCUCGCUCAAUGGCAGCAGCGGCGUCGUGGGCACCUUGGCGCGUGCCCCGCCUCCGCCGCCAACUGUCAAUUGCAACGGCAGCAGCAAUGGCUCGCAGCAGCUGUUGCUGCCACGCGUCGCUGCCGGUCAGGGCAAGACAAUCUAUGCCCAGAGAUGCAGCGUCAUAGCACAGGAGCGACUGCGAUGCAACAAGCGGGCGUUGCUCAGUAAACUGAGCAACGGCAGCAGCCUCGGCAACAGCGCUGGCAACAUGACAGUGAAGCGCCUGCAAGAGUUGCUGGCGGGCAAACUGAAGCCGGAGAAGGAAAAGGAGAAAGAUAAGACAGACUAUAGCGAAGCUAGCGAACAACAGCUGCAGCAGCAGCAGCAGGAGGAGAACAAGCGCAUGCACAGUUUCUAUGAGAAACGGCGCAAGUUGCUCGCCACGCGACAGCAUCGACACUUGCCUAUUGGCGGCGGAGGCGUCAGCAACAAUCGCCCGUUUAAGCGCCAGCGACCCAUGCAUUUACCGCUGCAGCUGCACGGCCACAGCAACAACAGCAGCCACAGCAACAACAAUGCCAUUGGCAGUCCGCAGCAACAGUUGCUGAGGAAGCAACUGUUGCGCACCUUGUCCGACAGCAGCAACAUUCAACUGACUGCAACGGCAACAGCAGCGCCUGUGGGCGGCAAUGGUGGCAGCAGCAACAAUCCGUGGAAGAGCAACAGUUCCACGCCGGGCAGCAAUUCGGCGGGCAGCGAUCUAAUGCGUGUAUUUGUCUGAAUAUAUACAAAUACUUAUACAUUAUACAAAAUAUGCUAAAUGAUUAUGAUUAACAAUUAUGAUAGUUGUAUACACACCCACACCCACACCCAUACACACACAUAUACACAUACACCUAGAGCUAUGUUAAUAAUUUUAAUUAUUUUUUAAAUCAAUUUUUUUCAUUUUUUAAAGUGAUAAUUAGUUUUUGGCUAAUUGAUUGUACGUAGUUUCUUUUGUUAGUCUAUGCAAUAAGUUUAAUUUAAUUUUGGAUGUUAAGCUAGACAGCAUUAUGUUGAUAAUCCCCCCUCUAAUUUAUACAAUGUAAACUUUUAAAUAUAAUUAUAUAUAAAUAUAUACAUAUGUAUACAACUGCA